AGUAGAUGCCAAAUGUAUUGAAUUCACGACACCAAUAGCGUAAGGAAAAUCUAUUAUAUCAGAAACAUCAAUGUUGAAGGAGAAAAAGGUAUAAAGAACAUCUACAUAAUUUUGAUAAGUGGAGAGUUCGAAUUUCGAAUAUUAGGUUGAUGGACCCACUUGUUUCCUUGCCUAUAAAUUCCACAAAUCAAAUCUCAUUUAAUCCAUGCAAAAUUAAAAACACAAACAAAGACAAAAAAAACAGACGCUAAAUCUUGUGUCCGUUCCCUCAAACACCCAUUUCUUCUUCUUAUUCUUAGUUACUUAAUUUGUCUCUGUCUCUCUUCUCACACACAACAGAAUAUACACACACAUAAAUAUAUGGACCAAGGAGGUCGUAGCGGUGGGGGUGGAGGAGGAGGAGGAGCCGAGCAAAUGAAGUACCGUGGAGUAAGGAGACGGCCUUGGGGCAAAUACGCAGCAGAAAUAAGAGAUUCUAGGAAGCACGGAGAGCGUGUGUGGCUAGGGACAUUCGACACUGCAGAAGACGCGGCUCGAGCCUAUGACCGAGCCGCCUAUUCAAUGAGAGGAAAAGCCGCCAUUCUCAACUUCCCUCAUGAGUAUAGCAUGGGAACCGGAUCCUCUUCCACUGCGGCUAGUUCUUCUUCCUCGUCGAGGCAAGUUUUUGAAUUUGAGUACUUGGACGAUAGCGUUUUGGAUGAACUUCUUGAGUAUGGAGAGAACUAUAACAAGACUCAUAAUAUCAACACCGGUAAGAGGCAAUAAAGGGAAUGCAAUCGUUGUAGAUUGAAAGUUAUGUGAAAGAACAUUUUCAUUUAUAACAAAUAAAAUAAAAUUCCAAGCGUACAAAGAUGUUUCAACUAUUGGCAUGAAUUGUAAUUGUCAAUCGAUUUCUGUAACGAAUAAGAUUGUUUAAGCGGGUCA